UCUUUUUGUUAAUGUGGAAAAAUUUUUUUCAAGAAGUUUAUUAUUUUGGUUGCGCUAAAUUUACUUGUAUAUAGGAAAAACAAUUAAUCUUUGUGAAUUUCAAUUACAUAAAAAUGAAUAAUUAUUUUAAAAAAAACAUAAAAGAAUAAAAGAUAAGAAGUUGAAUAUAUGCUAAAGAUAAUUUUGAUUCCGGUUUUCUAACCUAGAAAUUAGAUUAAUUUAAAAAAAAAUUAUAAACUUAUUAUUUUCAAAAAUACUAAUAAUGGAAGUUGAGGAGAAUGGUUGUGAUGUUUCCGCGGAAAAUGAAAAAAUGAAACUUAUUUUUACAUCAGAUGAAAAUACACACGAAUCUGUUGAUACUACAGAAGAAAUUAUAGAAGAACAUUCAACUCAACCUGAAAUGCCUAAAAUGGAAGAAGUUAUUAUAAAAGUAGCCAAAAAUAUAAAAGCGAAAAACGAUAUUGAGGACGAUAUCAGGAUGAUAUGCGGAAGUGAGGAGUUAAAUAGAUCGUCACAGGAUAAAGAAGAAACUGUAGACAAUAACAUUUUAGAAACGCUUCAAGAGCAGGCAGAAAAUGUAAAUGAAGAAAUUGCUGACGAAAUUAUGGAAGAAGACAAUUGUGAACAAGUAAAUUUGAAACGAUCGCAUUCAAGAGCUUCUUCAGAGCAGAAUAACGAAAAUGAAGAAGAGCAGGAUUUAUUUGGAUUUUAUGAAGGCAAAUUUGUAUUCGGGAAAAAAAUUAAAGUAAACUCAAGCGAAGUUGACAGUGAAAUAAUUGGACCCAAAUUUAAAAGGUUGGUAAGUAACACAGAACGAAUUUUAGAAGAAAUGGACACAGUCCAAAAAAAUAUUGGAGAACACAAUGGCAAACUGGAUCAAAACGGUUCAGAAGUUUCACAAAAUGCAACAGACACGAAAACAAAUGUCACUACUCUAAUUAAUGAAAAUGAAGAACCUAAAAGUUCUCCUUCAGUAUCAGCCACAGCAUCACCAAUUCAAACACCAUCUCACACAAGUCAUAAAUUACGUCCUUCGGAAGAUCCAAUUUUUAGAAAACCUUUUGAAAUGGGAUGGAAGCGUGAAAUUGUAUUAAGGGCGUUACCGGGCUCGAAAGAUAAAGGUGAAGUAUAUUAUAUUACGCCCAGUGGGAAAAAAUUACGUACCCGUCACGAAAUUCAAGUAAAUUUGACGUCUGGCCUUACAUUAGACAAUUUCACAUUUAGUAAAGAUGCACUUGGGGCAGAUCCGGAAGAUGAAAUUAUUAGAAGUGCGAAACCUUCAGGUCGUAAUAUUGAAACUUCAACAGCUAAAAUUUCUGAAAUUUCCACGCCUGCAUCUACAAAACGUAUUCCAAAACCGAAAGCACCUAAAGGUGCUAGUCCGCCACCACAAGGUUGGACACCAACACAAGCAGUUAAAACACAAGGUUCACGGUCUCACGUUAGAUAUCCCACUACAAACACUGACGAUCAUCAUUCGAAAUCAAUGAGAACCAGUAGUACAAGUAGUGAAAAUAUCGGUAGUAAUAUUAAGUCGGGAAAUUCUAGCAAAAAGGGCGAACCUUGUACUAUUCAAUGUGUCCUUGCAAUGGGAUUAAUUCCACAAUUACAGUGUGUGAAAUGUUUAUGUUCAUUUCAUCAUGAAUGCGUUGGUUUGGACCGCAAUGUUGAUGACUUUCAAUCGAGUAAUACGAAUGAAAGUGGUUCCAAAGGAAAGAAAAUUUAUGAAUGUGAUUCAUGCAAGGCUCAGAAUAUUUCAAAAACUGAUUUGAAUCCAAUAUAUGACACAGAAUGUUUAACAAAUAACCCAAAAAAUUUAAAUUAUAAUAUGAAUCAAUUACAAAAUAACAAUGACAUCAAUGAAAUUAGUGGUUCGGUAAAUCCUUUAACUAAUUUUUCAAAUUCUCAAUGCAAUCUAGAUAAAAGUGAAAGUAAUCAAAAAUGUUUACAAGAAAAAGAAAUUUUAUGUAAUAAAUCAUUUACAAAAAAUUCGAACACGAUUAGUAAUAAAAAUAACAUUUCAAAUGAAGGUUCAAAAAAUUGUCAUUCAACUGCAAUUGUUAUUUCAUCAAAACAUGUACAAUCAAUUGCAGUCCUCAAUGGACGCAAAUAUUUGGUUAUACAUAAACCGGGAAUUCGAACAUCAAAUGAACACGUUGAAGUAUCGACAUCCACUGGGAGUAACAAAUCUUCUCCAGUUAAAAUUCAAUAUGUAGAUUCAUAUGUUCACAAUUUAUUUGGAAAUGUUUCUGGGGCUUAUGAUAUUAUAUUAAACGUAUUCAAAUAUCUUAAAGUACAGGAGCUUUUGCGAGCAGCUCGCGUUUCACGUUUAUGGAACCAUUUGGCAAAUGAACGUUCAUUAUGGAAAAUUGUUAGGAUGAAAAAUUCUCAAGUUAAUGACUGGGCUGGUUUUGCUGCCACAUUAAGUCGAAAUUCAACACAACAUUUAGAUUUAAGGAAAAUGAUAUGCCCAAAAAGCGGUGUUGAUAAAAUGUGGACAAAUUUUAAUGAAAACAUUCAAAAAGUUUUUACACUCAGAACAAUUGACUUAGGAAGAUGUCCUGCAAGCGUUGUUCAAAAUUUAUUUUUGGCAACACCUCAAUUAAACAUUUUAAAUGCGACAUCCAUUAAAAGUGAAACAAUUAAUUUGGAAAAUUUAAAUAAGUUAUCGAAUUUGACUGAAUUACGUUUAAAGUCAGUAGAAUGUUGUAAUUUAAUAGGCGAUCUUUCAUCAUUUGCAUUCCUAACAAAUUUAAAACAUCUAAGUUUAACAUUAAUUGACGAUUUGGGUACAAAGAAUAUAGAAAUUUUAGGACAACUCACAGAGCUUGAAUCAUUAGAGAUUGGUGAGUGCUCGAGCAUUCAGCAAAAUUUUGCUAGUGAUAUUUUGAGCAAUUUGAAGAAAUUACAACGAUUACGUUUAGAAAAAAGUACAGACAUUACUGUAACUUUUUCAAUAUUAGAACAAAUUUCUGAGAUGGAAAAUUUACAACAACUGGAAUUGGUUAAUUUUGAUAUUAGAGAUGGUUUCGAACAAAAGAUAAUAGCAUGUAAAAAUUUAAAACGUUUUCUCUUAAUACCUACUUACGUUUCGCAAUCAGCCACAACAAAUCAAAUUAUUUUAAGUUCAAUGCGUAAAUUAAAAACAUUAGAAUCAUUUACUUGGGUUGUCACAUUGGAAUUACUUUCAGUAACGGCGUUAUAUGUUGAUCAAUGCGGCUCUAAAGAUCGUCGUAAUUUUAAUGAUUCUAUACCUGUUUUAAAACCAGUGCCAGGUGCAUCACAUAGAGAGAAACAAGAAAUAUCUAGCAAAACAACAAAUGCUGAUAUACAACAAAUUGAAAUUUUACCAUUAUCAACAAUAAAAGAAAUUUUAGAUGAUGGAACGCCGAAUACAAAACAUAAAAUUGUGCGAGUUCCUUAUGCUACAACAUGGAGACAAGCAUUUGUUGAAUAAAAAUUAAUGAAGAAAAAAAAAACAAUAUAAUAAGACUAGUUAAAUGAAAUUUUUGAUUUUUCAAAAUAUGUUUAUGAAGAUGACAAUGAAAAUAUUUAAACAAAUUUUAGUUUUUGAUAAAAAAUACUUUUAAAGAGGAAAUAAACUUCUCUAGCCUCAUUAAAAUUCAAUCGAUUAAAAAAGCAGCUAUAGAAAUACAACUUGAAUUGUGCACAAAAAGAUCAAAAAUCGUAAUGCUGAAAAUAAAAUAAAAUGAAAUAUCAGUUUAAAUGGGACUAAUUUUUUGGGGAGCAACACACUAAAAUUGCGUCACUUAGCAAUGAAAAUUUGGUAUUUUUUAAAUCAUUCUUUUUGAAAUAAUUCCAUAUGCUCAAAAUAUGAUUAUUGAAUUUUACACCAUUUGUUUAAAACUACACUGACAACCGAUAGAUAAAAGUGUUUUUUCUACACAAGAAAUAAUUUAUCGUAAUUAGCAAUUCUAAAUUUUAUUACACUAAUUAUUAAAAGUAUGUUAAAUGAUUUUUAUAUGAAAGAACAUUUGUUUCAACAAUAUUACAUCUAGAAAUAAUU